AAUUGAACCACUCAGUCCUAGAGUAGCUCUUAACUUGCAUAUACCUGUCUAGCUUCUCUCGGUCACGUUCCCUCGCUCUGGGUUCUCCGAGGACUGCCUCACUUCUUCGGAUUCUGGAUUUUGCUUUGGAGACCGCAACACGUUUUCCUGACAAACCAAUGUGGAAAAACCUGCUGGAGGACCGCUGCUUCCACCAGCAAGUUUAAACCAGUGUGUCUGAGAACCUACGUACCACGGGAGUUCUGCAAUGCUCACAGCCGUCUGUGGUUCUCUUGGCAACCAGUGCUCAGAGACACCUUGUUCUUCUCCAAGCCACUUGGAGCUGCAACCUCUGCAAACAUAUCAACCUCAUACCAGCCCAGAAAGUGGGGGAGAUUUUCAAUCCCCUCUGCAACCCACAGAACUCCAGCACUUGCCUCUGACUGCACCUGACACGGAAUACUCGGGUAACAGUGGUUACGAUCUGCAUGGGUCUUCAAGGAUAGAUCUGGACAGUGAAAGCCAGCUGCCACCCGGGUCAUACUCUAAGCUUUUACAAGCAACACCGGAUAUGUCUCAGCAUUAUGAACCUUGGUUUAGACCUACACAUUCAGGCAAUGCCACCGAUGACAAUAAUGUCAAUCCAUGGUGGGAUCUCCAUGCUGGAUCUAGCUGGAUGGAUCUUCAAAGUGGUCUCCAGCCACCAGGCCACACAAGUGGGCUUCAGCCAGCAUUGGGUGGCUAUGGUUCUGCAGAACAUCAACUCUGUGGUCCACCUCAUCAUCUGCUGCCUUCAGCCCCACACCUCAUGAACCAAGAAGUUAUUAAAUCCCUGGAUUCGACUCAAGAGCCUCACCCAAUGGAGCAAGCAGGGGAUAGUAGUGGAAGGCCAAAAAGCUCAAGGCGUUCAGUGACCCGGAGCUCUGGCCAAGUUGCUUGUCGAUGUCCUAACUGUCAAGAAGCUGAAAGGGUGGGCCAGUGCCCUGACAAUUCCAAAAAGAAGCAUCUCCACAACUGUCAUAUUCCUGGUUGUGGCAAGGCAUAUGCCAAGACAUCCCAUUUGAAGGCUCACUUGAGAUGGCACAGUGGUGACCGUCCCUUUGUCUGCAAUUGGUUGUUCUGUGGAAAGCGCUUCACCCGCUCUGAUGAAUUGCAGAGGCACCUUCAGACCCAUACAGGAACAAAAAAAUUCACCUGCCCUGUUUGCAACCGAGUCUUCAUGAGAAGCGACCAUCUAAGCAAGCAUAUGAAGACACACGAUAGUGCCAAGGAAGAAGCAGAAGGAGAGGCUAAAACUGGAACAGAGCUUCCUGCUAAAAUCAAACGGGAACCUGAGGGAAGCACUUCAAGUGCUACUUCUCAGUCUAAUUGAGCCUUUUUCUUUUCAUCUUUUCCCAAGGGUGUCCAGCCCUUCCCAUCUCUCUGUAAUGAUCAAUUCUGGGUCUGUAAUGUCCUACUCAUGGCUAUAGGAUCAAUCCAUCCUCUGGCAUGAACAUUAGUCUGUCCUUAAAUGCAAUGUUAUUUAUUUUGUAGGAGGAAAGGGCAAUAUUGUUGGGACAAUUUGGAAAAUCCAGGCCUUUAAGUAGCUUUGGGGUGGGACUUCAUAUUGUACUUUUGUUUAGGGAAUAUAGGAAGAUACUGUUAUAAGACUGGUUAAGGAAGUGGGUUGGUUAAGUGACAUCUUGAGACAGUUACUAAUAGAGGGAUGUAGUCUUUGCCUCCUUCCAUUUGAAAGUUAGGUUUCAUGUUUUUGCUAUAUACAAAAAUUACAGAGACAUACAAAGGAUUAUAGUGGAACCUCAUUCUUUAGUUUAAGCUCUUAGAGGUUUUGGGGUUUGGAUAUUAACCAUCCCACGUUUGGUUCCAGUUUAGUAGAUAACAUGGAAAAUCCAGUUUAAUGCAAAAUGCCACCACACUUCCGUUUCCACGGGAGAUUUUUUUGGGAGGAUCAUGAGUAGAAUUCUUGGCUUGGAUUUCAGACAGCUACCUCACUCUGUUCCCAAAGCAGAGAUCUUAGACCAUAUCCUUAAUUAUGGAUACAGGUGGCUCUAAAAGUAGUUUAGCUUUUUUAUGGCAGUUGGUGGCACUUGUAAAUUACUAUAAUAUGGAAUAACAUAAUUCAAGCUUUAAAGUUUCCUGAAGUCCCAACUGAAACAUAAAUUUCUAUAUGCCUUUGGUGCUAGUGUUUUGCUUAGAUUAUCUAUUAAAAAUAGGUUUUCUAAAAUUGUUUAUAUUUUCAGCCAAACACAAAGCAACUGGUCCCUCCAGGAUGUAUGACCAUUUCCUUUUCUUAGGAGAAAAAAGAAUAAGAAGAGAGAGAAAAUGGAAGGAACCGGAAUUUUUUUUUCCUGCUGCUGUAAAAAGACAACUGAAUAUUUUUAGGUGUAGGGCAGGAUGGAAAGACCAUAUUUUCUCAUAAUUAAUAUGCUGUUCUGUUAAUAUCUAGAACACUUUCUUAUGGUUGGAUGUUUGUUUAAUUCCACAGAAAUGAGAAGAUUUCCUUAGUACAAGGGAGAAAAUCCGUUUUGUGUUGAUUGCGUAGAAAUGGCUAGCACUUUUUCUGUACACACACUUUAAAAAUGUAUGUUAUCUCAGUCCUCCAAACCUUUUUCCCUAUUUCACUAUGCCCUUAAAGUUUCAUUGCAAGAGAUGUAUGUACUAAAGUUGUAAGACUUAGUUUCUGAUUGCCCCAGGGCAAAUUCAGCAAUUAAGGAUGUUUUGUUUUGUUUUGUUUUGUUUUUUCUACUCUUACUACAGCAGAUGGCAAACUAGUUCAAGCACAUGAUUGGUAAAUUGAGGCUAUCUUUCACUUAAUACUAGUCUUGAUUUCCAGCUGUGUAAAAAGGGAUUUAACUUUUGCUCACAGUACUGACUCACAAAUUUAACCAGGCUCUACAAUUAAAUCAGAUUUGAUUUAAGAUCUGAUCCUAGAGCAAUUUUUGUUUCAGAUGUGACCUUUCUGUCAGACAUCAUGUGCAAUUGUUUGCAAAUUGCAAUUACAAUACAUGUUGUGCAAGGAAAAUAAUAUAAGCAUUGAAAAAAAUCUUAUUUGUACUUGUUUUUUUAAUUUGGAUAGAAAUAUGCAGAUUUCUGCUCAGAAACUGAAUGUGGAAGGGCUGCACCAUACUGUAUACUCUGGAUUGCUAGUAAUUCUUUUUGAGCCAGGUAAGUGUUUGAGGUAUAUUUUCACGAAUGAAGGCAAAUAUACACGUCCCAGGAUAAUGUUGCAGAAUUCAAUCUGGGUCGGUCACUGGCACCAGAGGUUUAGUCUUCCGAACUUUCAGACUUUAUGCUGGAGCCCAUCCUCAGGGAACUUCUCUCUCACCAGAAUGUGUGCUUUGGGCUAUUCUAUGCAUAGUAUUUAUGUGAUGCCAGAUUGUGUGUAGCUUUUUAGUUGUUGAUUGGGGUGUUAAUGGCCGGUUAAUAAGUCAUUGGCUGUUGUUUAGUUGUAUUGCUAAAUCCUGAGCUCCUACGUACCUGAUAAGUUGGUGGUAAAUCAGCACUCCUGUAGACUGACAAGGGGCCUUUUUCCAGGCUUCAGUCAUUUCCCUGACUAUUUUUGUAUUUGCCUGGCCAACAAUCUUAGUAGCUGCGAAAUUGAAUGUACGUCUUGUUCAUUGCAAUGUAAGGCUACCAAUCAGUUGGGGUUUCCUUGUCUGACUGCUCCCUUGGUUAGCUUUCUCCCUGUCUAUCCUACAUAGUCAAGGAGGCAUUGUAUGAAUUGCCUCUGUGACUAUGAUUGUCCUUGUGACCUGCAUGGAUUGCUUCUGUGACUAUAUAGGACAGACGAGGAAGAAGCUAAGCAUCAGACUACAAGAACACAAGGGAACUAUAAGACGAGGAAAGCCAAACUCAUUGGUAGCCUUACAAUGCAAUGAAAAAGGACAUACAUUCAAUUUCACAGCUACAAAGAUUGCUGGCCAAGCAGGUCCAAAGGUAGCCAGGGAAAUGAUUGAAGACUGGAAAACAGACCGCUUGUCAUGAAUAGGAGAGCUGAUUUACCACUAGCUUAUCAGAUACUUAGGAGCCAAGGAUUUACAGCACAAAUACAUAACAGCCAAUGACUUAAUAAACUAGCCAUCAACACCUCAAUCAACAAUUUUUAAAAAAACACACACAACCAGGCACCACAUAAAUAGUCCAAAGCACCCAUUCUGGUGGGAGAGAAGAGGGGCUCCAACACUAGUCUGAAAACUCAGAAGAUUAAAACUCUGGUCCCAGUGACCAGAGGUAUAUUUUGCACAAAAAGCAGUAAUGUCCUUUUGCCCAUCUCUUAAUCUCUCAGCAGACCACUUGAGUUUACCAUAAAAAGUAACACUGGUUGAUAUUUAAAAUAUUUUUUAAGAUCAAAAUUUGGAAGUUUACUUUGAACACAAUUGUCUUCACUAAAACAACUGCAUUAACUGUCCACAAAAAGCAAAACAUUUAUCCCACAGUUUUAUAAUUUCUCUCUCUAAAACUUAACAAGUCCAAUACUGUUCCAACUGAUAUUAUAAUCCUCUGCUAAUUAUAUUCUGUAUGAUAGUGAAGUUUUAUGGGCAAAUCUGAUUUAGGAUAAUUUAAUCAAGACUCUCCUUCAACCCAUCCCCAAUUUGUUUUGGUUCUUCAAAGCAACUUCCUACACCCCACAAUCUUAGCAUUUUUCUUCCUCUUUAAUGACCCCACCUGGGAAGUUCAACCAACACCAUCUGUUACCCACUGGGGAUUAAACUCAUGUACUUUCUGGCUGAUGGCAAUGUUCUUGACUGCUCCUGCCCUUCCUUCCUGCACAGUAUGUUGUGAACUUCAUACUAUUGGCAGAAGGGAGGACUUUUAAGGAAAGAGCAAAAUCACGUGGGAUCUCAUGCAGCCUCAUAACAUGAAGGUGUCCAGACAUGUCCAGGCCAGAAAACAAGGGAGGAAGGCAAUAUCUAAGAACAAUUGGUUGGGAAAUGCUCAUUAAAAGUUUAACUCAGCCCAAAGGAAGAAUCCUUCUAUUUUUUUUCUAAGAGGGGAACAUAUUGGCUCUUUUAAUGUGCUCUAUCAAUCCCCCACCAGCAUUAGCAACAAAGUUUCUGGCUGUGGUUAUAACAUUUACAAGUUUAGAUCCAUUACGCUUUAGCUAGGGAUAUGCAAGUUAGUGACCCUUAAAGAAGAUUCUUUGCACGGGGUUCGACAAAACUUUCUUCCUAUUAACCAAGGCAACUAGUGACAACAGAUUUCACCAACAGAGUAUGUUUGCAGAGAAGGUAGUGGUUAAUUUGAGUAUUGAAUUUCAGUUUAAUGACUGUCCAAAAAUUAAUAUUCAAUGAAAUGCUGUAAACUCAAGCAAUGUAUUAGCUAUUAAGCUUUUAUGAGGAAAUUUUUCCUAAUUUUAUAUGUGUGGAAGUUCUAUAAUAAGGAAAUGACAUUAUGCAUAAUUUGAAAGGCUCUCUAAUUUUCCUCCUUGCUUGUGACAGAAUGCAGAUAUUGAAGUCAAUGAAUUUAUAUUCCUCUGUUACUUGAAAUGCCUCAGAGAUUCUCUGAGGAGAGGGACAACAUGCCCUCCUUAUUGUUGCCUUUCACUUUCUCAGACUGAUUACUUCCAGGACAAUAUCCCACAACAAAGAUCUUAUAAGCCUAAACUUUGCUGAUAGUUUUUUUUCACUAGAAAGGAUUUCUAGUGAAAAGCAUUUCUAAAGAAAACAUACAGUGACACUCACACUAGAGUGGCCAUCUAAGGUGCUUGUGUCCUUAUUCAAAUUAUGGCACAAGGUGUGAGUUGUAGACAAUCCUCAUGUGCCACUUAAUAUUUGAAAAUACCUCUUCCUUCUCUUCUUAUUGGACACAACCUUGGUUAGAAAAAAAAAUCCUCACCCGCUGUGUGUGUAGAAAAAACAAGUCCAGACUCUCCACUUCAAAAUACUUUAUUGCUUGUCUGGCUCCAGAAAUAAAUUGCUUCUGUCUUUAUAGAUUCCUAUCCUCCAUUCAAAGGAUUAUUCCUGUUCAAAUCCGGUUUAAAAAAAAUAAAGAACAGCAGAAAAGAUCGAAUCAUCUAAGAUAUUGACUAACAAAUUGGUCCCUUGGUCAAAGGCUUCUUCAUUAUGGCAAGAAACAUGAUUGUCUUUAUUUUAAAUUUUGAAUACACACAUACAACAUAUCAUAUAUGUGAGAAAGGCUUAAUAAUGCAAAAAAAGUGGCUCUUGCUUCAUUUUUUGUUUCUAAGUGGCUAGAAAAUGACAUUUCAUUUUCUGGAAAAGACAGACUAUUAUGCACUAAAGAUUAGUAGGAUAUGUCUCUUAGGAUAUGCAGGGUUGUGUGUGUGCAGGAGAAACUUCAUUCCUGUGUGGUAAUCCCACAAGCAAUGGCUGCAUCUGCCGGGUGCAUUUUGUGCAACUUGCUGUCCAUUGAGUGCUUGCCAAAUGCCUAAGACACCUGCUCCUUUCCCACACCCACUUCUCUCUCGCCUGCCACUCUCUUUGCCCCGGGGAGAGCUGAUGCAGGCGAGGGGGAGGUGGAAAGAGUUCCCAAAAGCCAGAGAAGCAGGCCCAGCAAGGAUUCCAAUGAGAUGGCCCAAUUGUGUGGGGCAAAAAAGGGUGUGUUGCAGCACCUGUCUCCUGUACAAACCGGGCCUUACAUUUUAAUUUAAUUUUUCUGUUAAAAAUAAAGCUGUAUAAGUGAGCUCGAUAUGAAGUACUUCAGCUAGUGUCUUUAAGGAUGGUUUGAGAGUAUUAUAUUCAUUUGAUAUUGAGCCCUUCCCAUAAUUUAGAGGGAUUUUAUCUGAAUUUCUUGUACCCUCCACUUUCAGAAGAUGAGGCACAUUGCUUUUUGCAAGAAUGUGACAAUUACAAGCCAAAAGAUUGAUUUUUUGUUUCCUUGGUCCUUCCCACCUAAAGCUCUAUUUUAAAACAAAAUAGGUUGCAUUAUGUAGUAAAUGUUAUUGCUAUUAUAAACCCACUCCACCCAAGUCCAAACAUCACUAAACAUUUGAGUAACAAACAUUUGAGUAAAUAACAAUACUAGCUGUAUGUCUGCAAAGAAAUUAAAAAGGGGGACGAAGAAAGAAAGUAAAUACAAAACAACCACAGAAUACUGAUUUCAAAACCUUGCUUCUGCUCUGAGUGGAAGUUAAAGCUUUGGAUUGGUGCUGCCAAGAUCUGCUGUUUACUCCAAACUUUAUUUUUUUCAUAAAGAUACAUUUUUAGUCCUUGGCAUUGUAACAUGUAAUACUAAAGCAUUGUUCUAACCAUACCAGAAUUAUCCUAAAUGGCUUUUUUUAUUUAAAAUAAUCCCAUCUACAAUUUUUGGGCUUUAGUACAACUCACUGAAGGACACGUAUCUGGGUUCUGUGUUGAAGUAGAGAGUUUUACAAAAUCAGUUACAACAAUUAGUAGUUCUAGAGCUAUAGUGAAAAUGUGUGAUAAAAUAAGAUUUGGAUCUUAUUUUAGGUCUGGAUUUAUCAUGUGGCAUACCAUAGACCAUAUAUGGACUAGCAAUAUAUAUUAAUAUUUCACCUAGAUUAGUAAAGCAUAAUAAAAUAUAAGUGUUAAAAAGAUCUAUGUUCAAACCCCAAUGUCUAGGCCCUCCAAGCAUUGAAGCACAACAUGGUUUAUAUUAACCAUUAAGUGUGGAUUUUAAAUGCUAAUUGGAUUUCUUUUUCCUUCAAAAUCCAAAGUCUCCAAAUUCACAAGAAUGGCACUCAUUAUUACAGUAGCGAUAGUUUCCUUUGUGACUUGUUCCAGUCCAGUUUUUAUGUACAUAAAUCUUUGAGAGGGGCCAAAUAUGGAGCAAUAAGUGGAGGAGUCAAUAAAAAUGCUGUAUAUAAUAGAUGAUGAAGGUUUUCUUUUAAAUUAUAAUUAGAGGAAAUACUAUUAAUGAGAUCUGGAAAUUAUCUUUUUAAAAGUAUCAAACUCUAGGAUAUUCAGUUCUAGAACAAUAUCUGACAACUACAAUAUCCUGCUUGACAUAUUUUAUCCCAAGGUUUUAUGUAUGCUUUGAUCUAAUGGAGUAAAGCUCUGUAAAAAAAAUGUAUCUGUAAUUCUACUUGGCACAAAAUAGAUAAUGAAUGCGUCUUACAACUGAAUGGAAUCUCCAAGCUACACAACCAAGCAACUGCAAUCCUUUCAGCUGAGCUCAAAAAAAUUACCUGUAAAAAUUACCUUGGUCUAGUUCUUGGAUUGUAACAUAUACAGAGCCAGUUUUACACAUAUUAUUGAAAUCCCUUCCAAGAAAUGGGUGAACUUUAGCUUAAAACAUAGAAAGAACUAGCAGAAGAAAUCUGGGGGGG